UUUAUCAAAAGCCCAUGUUGAAGCUUAUGUUUCGGUAAUGGAUAUAUGUAUGGUAAAUGAAAACGUGAUGAUACUCAUAAAAUUAUUGAAACAAAAAAUUCGACCGAUUUCGGUUCGUUCCUUCAUGUGGAUUUAGUCUGUCCGUUUGUCUUUACAGUAAACGCUUUAGACAGGAAUAUAUAUAUGAAUUACGCUGUUAGCAGAAGAUAAACCGGUAUCCAUUAGUCUACUAAUUCCUCCGAAAACGAUCGCAGACAUCUGUCGUGAGGGUUCGCUUCUGAACCUGGUCCAUUUUCGUUUUUAGUUCACAAGAUAAUUCCAAACUUUUCACAUUUUUACAAUACUUUUUUAUUACGAAAUAUCUAAUUUAAAUAACUGUUCAGUGGACAGAUUCUCAAGAUUUUAGACAUUUAUGUGGUCGACUUUGUUUCCUUAUUCAAGUUUUUUUUGAACAAUUUUAAAAGGGGACUGAAAGAAAAUAUAAUUUCUUUUAUUUGAUAAACGGUCAACCCAUAAAGAAAACAUAUUUUGUAUGGUUACGCUAAUCAUAGUCGCGAAGUCUUGACUUCAGUGCCAAUUAAAUUUCCUACCGACUACUUGACAUCACACACAAUUUAUUGGCAGUGUUAGUUAUUUUGUCUCCCUACUACAUAGUUUUUCCUAGAGGUUAUAUAAAUACCCGCUGCACAUGCCAGUCGAUAUGUAUUUGAAGACGUUGUUAAAGGUUUAAGCUUGAGUGCGCGGCACCAAACCACACCACACACCACAGACCACAACACAACACCUCACACCACACACCACACACUGCACACCGUACAACAAUGCGCCGCAACGAAACGCUCGAGCAGCACAUCAACAAUUGCCAACUUACGUGUAUUCUUUUUUAUCCACUAUUCCUUGCACAUAGUAUUCCUCAACCUUUAAGCCGCUUGAUAACAAGAUGGCCAAGAAUGACGGCGCAGCAGCGUAUAAAUGUUGCGUUGGGUGACUGCUGCAAUCCAGUGACGACUCGCCGCCAUCAAUUCAGAAUUCAGAAUUCAGUCUUUGCCGAGAUUUUAUCGUGUGCGAGUGGUUUUUUGUGGCGUUUGCGCAGUUUGCACACACUUCUAGAGCCGGUCUGCAGUGCAAUAUUUUGGCAGAGUCAAUAGUGUUUCAUGUAGUGUCAUAUAUGUAUAUAGCAUGCACAUCCAUACUAUACAUACACUCAACCGAGUAGUUGGCGAGUAGUUGCAUUUAAAUAAAUUCAUUGGCGUUCUUUUACUAUUACAAGAAGCUACAAGCUGCUGCCGGUGUAGUCGAUCACGUUCAUUUCGUUGGCAUUUGACCGCUCCGAGGCGACUAUUCGCGUGCGUUUUGUGUGGUGUGCUGUGCUGUGCUUUGGAAAACAAUUGACUGCGCCGCAAUUCAAAUAUGAACUCAAUACUGGCGGCUUAAGAACAUAGUUGUCUUCAGCCAUAAAAGAAUAAUAAAUAUAAAAAUUCGAAAAUUUAAAAAAUAAAAAAUAAAAAAUAAUAAUAUUUAGUGAACGGGUUGUGACUGUUAAUAAAUAAAUAAAAAAUUAUUUUUUAAAUUAAAUAAAAAAUUAUAAAUAAUUUAAUGUGUUGAAUAUACAUAUAUUUUUUAAUUCAGUUUUCUUAAAAAAUAUAAUAUUUAUAAUAAAUUUCAAAAUAAUUCCAAUUGCAUACUGCUACAUUAAAUUUCUGGUCACUGUGUUUUGUGUUUAUGUGUGUGGCAGCAAUAACAAAUAAAUUCAUUUGACCACAAUAGACAAAUUUGCUGUCUGAUAACUCCAUCGCGUGCGCCAAGUCUUGUGCGGCAGCGAAUAGACUGGAAUACUUUGUACACACAACGGUACAUAUGUUAUUUGUCAAAGAGUUCGUUCAACUUAGAUGAUGAUGAAAAUGUUGCAAGUUAACAUAUUUGUUGCAAGCUUAUGCUGUCUAGCAUUUUUCAAUAAUUUCGCACAAUGUGAAACUGAUGUGGCCAGCAAUAGGCGUGAUGAAAACACAAAACCAACACAACCGUCAGCAUAUACACUGCAAAAUUGGUUUACAAAGGACAAAAGUAAAUUGCAUGGCAGCAAUUAUAGAGAAACACAAAGAAAUGGGUUAUCACAACUUUAUGGACAACACACGUUGGAGCGACGUUUUCAAACCGAUGCCAUACAUCCAACAAAUGACGCAGACACAGCCAAAACUUUGCCGAAAAACUCGCAUACAUUGAAUAAGAAACUGCUGAAAAAACUUGGUUUUACCAAAGUGAAAGCACCCAACAGUCAUCAUAGAAAAAGACUAGCUGUUGAAUCGAGACGUCACUCAUCACCAGAUGAUUCGCAUAUGUUCAUUAUAAAACUGCCACCGAAUUUUGUAUACUAUACAAAUCCUAAGGGUGAACCCAAUAGCAUAGCUGACAACGCACAAAAAGCGAAUGUUUCGACCUUCCCAUUUAAUUCUAACGGCAAACCGGGUCGCAUCUACCAUUGGAACCUGCCAGUGUUGCAGAAAAUACUCGGCAACAAACAACCACUACCACUCACCGAUGUCAAUGGCAAAAAAUAUGUCAUCAAUUUCAAGCGUUUCUCACAUUUUCAAAAACCCUGGGAAAAUGACAGCAUCGAAAAGUCGUAUAAGUCGAAUUAUAAAAAAUCUCUAAAACAUAAAUCCCCAUCAUAUUAUGCGCCCACUGCUGCAGUUAAGAAAAAUAGUUUUAAUCGUUAUUUUUCGGGCAAUGGCAAGCCGAAGAGCUUCUAUGUUAUAAAAGAGAAUCAAAAAAAUCGACAUGUUUAUUAUAAGAAUAUAGUGUUAUAAAAACAUGCAUCGAAAAUGCGUGCUUUUGAUGCAUGUAACAGUGUCUGAAUAAUAAUGGAUCAACUAUUUAUAGAACAUCCUGGUCAAUUCACAUACAUAUAUGCAUAAAUAUGUUUAAUAUAAAAAAAAAAUAAAAAUAAAAAAUUAAAUAUAAAAUAUAUAUACAAAUAAGAAAGCAACAAAAAGUAGUUAAGUAUUAAGUAAUGCACAAAAACAUGCAUAUCGAAUUUAUUGUACUGUUAAAUUAAGCAUUCGGUGGCGGUAUUUCUUUUCCGAAGAAAAUAAGAAAUCACACUGCUUCUUCAAAAGUCGUAUUUAAAACCAGCCUGCUAGUUUUAUUUGCUUAAAUAACAAGGUUUUUGCGCCCAUAAUAUACAUACAAUAUAGACUGACUAAUUAACUGCACUGGAGAUCUUUUUAAAGAACUUGUUUGUUUCUUCUAAUAAAUUUCUAAUUAAAUUAAUUUCUUUAUUUUUUAUGCAGAUGCAUUUAACCUUAAAAAUAUAAAAUAAAUCUGUUAAAAAUGAAACUGGAACAACGAUUUGCUUGUGAAACAGUCAACAAUUAAUUUUAAAAAUUAGAAACACACAUAUAUACCAUUAACUUCGAAAGUAUAGAGAAUACGAAUUAGAAAUUUAUGCAAUAAUUACAUAUAAAUAUGCUUGAAAGCAAAAGCUUAUAAAACUAAUAGAAGCAGAAAUAAUAAAACAAUAAAAAUUACAUUGAACGCAGACAGCGUAAUUCUUGAAAACCAAACUGCAUGUAAAAAAAUCGAGGGUAGUCAGUCCUAAGAAGUGAACAGGUUACCUAUAAAAAUUUUACUUACUAACUGUCAUUUAGACAAUGUCUGUUACAAUACAUUCCAAUAAAUAUUUAACCAGACAUUUGACCGAAAUAAGACUAUUAUGACAACUAAAGUACAUUUGAAUCUCUUUAACUCAUAAGCGCAAGCAAAUAUUUUUGUACUUUUAAUUAUGAAGCAUACUACAUAUGGUUAAAACAGGUAUUAUGCAACUAGGUAAGUCUAUACAAUGUCAAUUCUACGCACUGAUAAUUAUAAGUAUAUUCCUUCAAUGUACAUUGUAACUAUACUUAAAUAUAACCAAUAAAUAUCAAACAAGUAUAUUCAAUACAAGCCUUUUAA